AUGAUCUCCCAUAUCCGGCGUCUAGGCGCAUCCAACACCCGCCGCUCUCUUAUGGGAGGCACCGUCCUCUUCCUCCUCCUCCUCCUUUUCAUCGUCCAAUAUAACCGCCCGCUCUGGUCGCCAUGGGCCACGUCGUCCAACAUCCCAGACAUCCGAUCGCCAUCUGCAGUACCCCCCUCGCGCUUCCCGACCGUCAAUGGGGCUAAUAUUCUCGGUAAACUUCCACAGCCACUCGCCCCAAAGGCCGGAAUGCGCGUACCUAAUGUCGUGCACUACGUUUAUGGGCUCAAGCCAGUACGCAAUGGCGAACAGGUGCCCCCUCUGCCGUACUAUGCGUACCUUGGGAUGAGGAGUGCGUUGGUCAAUCUCAAGCCAGACAAGAUAUACUUCCACUACCAGAACGAACCCACCGGCCCGUGGUGGGACCUCAUCAAGCCCCACCUGACCCUCAUCAAGGUCAAGGCUCCCGACACAAUCUAUGGCCGCGAAGUAAAUCAUUUCGCACACAAGGCCGACUUGGUCCGCCUGUGGGUCCUCGAGCGAAUGGGUGGCAUCUACCUCGACAUUGACAUGUUCAUCGUCCGCGACUUUGACGACCUCCUGUACGCCUCGACAACCAUGGGCAUGGAGGCCAGUCCCGAUUCCCGGCGUACCGAAAUGCAGCCUACGGGGUUGUGUAAUGGGGUUAUUAUUGCCGAACCACAUGCGCCGUUUAUUAAGAAUUGGCUCAAGACGUACGUCACGUUUAAUGGGGAUAAUUGGGCUGGACAUUCAGUCGACAAACCUUGGGAACUGGCACAGUUGUUCCCAGACCAAAUCCAGGUUCUCAAUUCAAAGGCCAUGUUUUGGCCUCUAUGGAGCGGAGACGAGAUUAAAAUCGUACACACAGAGGAUGGGUACGAUUGGUCAAAACAGUAUUCAUACCAUGCUUGGGAGUCGCUCGCGAUGGGUUACCUCUCCAACCUCAAUCCCCGCGAUAUCCGAACAAAGUCGACCAGCUUCCACCGUCUCGUUCGGCCAGCCGUCGGACCAACAGAUGAAGAGGUGUACAGCAGGCUCGACUAG